GAGCUUCAAAGCAGUUGUGCGCACACAAAGGACAACGGAAAACCGUUAUUAAUAAAAACUGAAAGUAAAAGUUAUCAAGAGUGGAGAGUAGUACGUUUAAGGCACACUCUAGUGCAAACUUCAAACAAGGAGCUUAAGCCUUUAAAAUCUUCUGGCGCUACGCUUUUGAGCACUUUCGAUUGCUCGAUUUGAUUUGCGUUAAUAUUUUGUUGUUGUAUGAGCUAUCGGCCAGCGUGCAGAAAAUACAAAAGUGAAAGCAUAAAUACUAGCAACAGUUGCCGAAAUACAGAAGCCACAUUGUCCGGUGGAGGCCACACGUAUAAGCGUCGCCUGCCGUCACGACAGACGCAAGACACAAAAAUUGAGAAUCGCAGCAAAGCGUUAACAUAAUGUUAAGUUCGCUCGAUGCUUUAGCCGGUAAAAUUUCACCUGGUUCUGGCAAUAAUAGUCCGUCCCAGCAGGCACAGUCGCAGCAGCAGCAACAGCAGCAGCUGCCGCUCGGUUACCGAGUCAAUCAAUCGUCCGAGACGAAUAUUGCGCAACGAACACAACAACAACAACAACAACAGCAGCAGCAACUACAAUCCGCCAAUCAAUUGCAGGCAACACAUGUGCCUGGAACGAGAGAACAGCAACAGCAACAACAACAACAGCAGCAGCAACGCUACAAUGGCAAUCAUUAUAAUGGACUGGACAACAAUUGCAAUAAAUUAUGCCACAUCACUCACAACAGCAUACACCCCUAUCAGAAGCAGCUGUCGUCUCAGCAUAGCCAACAACAAUUGCAACAACAGCAAACUAUAUCGCCAACGCAACAGCAACAGUUGCAAAGCUACUGUCAGCAGCAGCAACAAUUGCAACAACAGCAACAUGAGUUGUUUCAGCAACAGCUGUUGCAACAACAGAAAUCACUGCUGCUGCAACAACAACAACAGCAACAGCAAAUGCCGGAGGAGUCCGAUUCGCAGCAGGACUUUCGCAGUUGCCUGAAGGAGAAUGCAUUUGGCAUGAGUGAUAAAAGCAGCACCACCACUAGCCUUCCCAACAGUCCGAUUCAUACAUCGACACCGGGCAGCAACAACAAUGGCUGCAACAAUGGUUCAUCGCUACUCAAUAAUAGUAAUAGCAAUAGCAGCACAGGGCUUGUCAAUGGCGGCAGCAAUAUCAACAACAACAAUAACAGUGGUCCACCAAGUUUAUGUAAUAGCAAUGGCAAUAAUAACAACAAUACGUGCAGUGCCAAUCGGAAUGUUGUCGACAACGAAUCAUCAUGCUUCCGCAUGGACGCCGACAUGCCCUUCGGUGAGAAGGAACCCGAUCCAGACAAUAUCAAAAUGUUUGUUGGCCAAGUGCCAAAAUCCAUGGAUGAGGCACAAUUGCGUGAGAUGUUCGAGGAGUACGGUCCAGUGCAUUCGAUAAAUGUGCUACGCGAUAAGGCGACUGGAAUCAGUAAAGGUUGCUGUUUCGUGACAUUUUAUACUCGUCGCGCUGCCUUAAAAGCUCAAGAUGCCCUGCACAAUGUGAAAACCUUAAAUGGGAUGUAUCAUCCCAUUCAGAUGAAGCCCGCGGAUAGCGAAAAUCGUAAUGAACGGAAGCUUUUCGUUGGAAUGCUAAAUAAGAAACUGAACGAGAACGACGUACGCAAAUUAUUCGAAGUUCACGGCGCCAUCGAGGAGUGCACGGUCUUGCGGGAUCAGAACGGACAGAGUAAAGGGUGUGCCUUUGUUACAUUUGCAACUAAACACGCGGCGAUAUCAGCGAUAAAAGUGACUUUGAACCAAAACAAGACAAUGGAAGGUUGUACAUCGCCACUGGUUGUGAAAUUCGCCGACACGCAAAAGGAGAAGGAGCAAAAGAAGAUCCAGCAAAUACAGGCGAAUCUCUGGAAUCUGGCAUCGAACAUAAAUAUACCGUUGGGUCAGACCGCCACCACCGUUUCAACGCCGAUACUGCCGAAUCCGCCACAACAGGCGAGUCCGGUGUUGGGCGCCGAUGCCAUUACACCGGCCUCACUGCAAUUGCUGCAACAGUUGCAGGCGGUCGGCCUGCAGCAGCAACUUUUGCAAGGUUUGGGCGCUCAGACGAAUUCUGCGGAAACGGCCGCGGCAACGGCUGCAGCCGCCGCAGCUGGAUUACUACCACCGAUGACGGUACAAAACUUGGCCGCCAUUGCGGCGAUGACGCAACCCUCACUCACCAAUGCGGCCACCAAUCCGGGCAGCGCGCAACUGACAAACACAGCGGCUCUCUUAUGUCUCUUAGGAAAAACCGCCAGCUCAGGGUCCGAUCCGAAUCCAUUAGCAUCUGCGUACAUGUCAACGGCCGCCGGCUUGCCACAAUUCAGCAGCACCGCUUUAUCGACUUCGCCACUGGCCAGCGUGGCAUUGAACAGCGCCGCAGCAGCAGCGGCUGGCAAACAAAUCGAAGGUCCCGAAGGUUGUAACUUAUUCAUCUACCAUCUGCCGCAAGAAUUCACCGACACCGAUUUGGCAUCGACUUUCCUGCCAUUUGGCAAUGUCAUCUCCGCCAAAGUCUUCAUCGACAAGCAAACCAAUCUCUCGAAAUGUUUCGGUUUUGUCUCCUUCGAUAAUCCCGAAUCAGCGCAAGUGGCCAUUAAAGCGAUGAACGGCUUCCAAGUCGGCACCAAACGUUUGAAGGUGCAGCUAAAGAAGCCCAAAGAUGCAUCAAAGCCCUAUUAGGGGACAACGCAGCAGCGCCGAGUAGCAACGCGAAGUUGGCUGCAGCAAAGUUGAAGAUUAUGCAGAAGAGCGGCACUUAAGAGCGUGGAACGGAGCGAAAGAGUUGAAGUCAGAAAAUGGAGAAUUGUGGAGAAUAGUUGAAUGAGAGAUAGCGGAUAACAUUUGGAACUAACUGGAUUGAUGUCGACCAGCUGCAGGUGCAGCAACACAAACAAACAAAGGCUGUACGCUGUGGCGGUGUUGCGGAAUGCUGUUGGUGUGGGAGGUAGGAACACAGGCAAAGCAACUGUUAAGCAGCUAUUAUUGACACAUGCACACACAAACACACUUAACUACACACACACACACGCUUAGUUUACUCAAAUGCCAGGUGUUCGUGUAACUGCUUGAAUUAUGGCCAAUUUGUUUUUGAAUUAAUGUGUAUGAACUGGAAGCUUAGCUCUAACUGUACACAAUGUUUUUUUUCUUUCAUUUUUAUUAUUAUUUUUCUUGUAGUUUUAAUAGUUUUGCUUACAAAGCAAAUAAAAAUAAAUUAAAAAUAUAAUAAUUAUAUGAAGAUGCGAGUAUAUAACUGAAUUUUAUGUUGAAUUGUUAAUAUAAAAGCAAAAAAAAAUAUUUCUGUUUAUUAUCUAUAUUGGAUUUAGUUGUUAAGUUAUCUGUAGCUAUUAGCUUGUUUGAAGUUCUCACUACACGAAUUUGUUGUAAACCUCUCUCAAAUUAUUGAAACCAAAUAGCUUAGAAUUUUUACGACGUUGAAUUGAGUUGUUAACUGUUGCCCACGGGCUGCUUGUAAUUUCAUUUUUUUAUUUUAUCUUAUCUUAUCUUACUUAUGUAAUACUUAUAUGCACUUAUGUUACGUAACACAUAAACGAACAACGAAUUUUCAUAUUUUGUACGGACAGAAUGUUAAUAAAUUUUACAUUGUCUCAUGUUGUAUAGCCGAUA